CAGUAACAACAACAACAAUAAUAAUAAUAACUUUAAAUUAGCUAUAAGUGCAAGAACAAUAGCAACAAAAACAAUGAAGAACCCAAAUUUUCACAAAUGCCGACGAAGGCGACAACACAACAGCAACAGCAGCAGCAGCAGCAACAACAGCAGCAACACAUUUAGCAUAGCAACAACCAGAGGAGGAGCAGCAGGAGCAGGGGCAAUCAUCAGAAGAAAAUAUUCAGCCAGUUGUAGCAGUAUUAGCAUGUAUCUAAUUCUUUUGCUUUUAACCACAACGAGUUCCUUCUGCGCCGCCGCCGCCGUUGCUGCCAGCGCCGUGACCGCUGCUCCCGCCAGCACGAGCGGCUCACCCUGUGCACCCCAGCACUGGUGGGAUCAGCAGCAGAACAAAUGCAUGCCCUGCACCAGCUGCCAGGGCAACAUGCUAGCGCUCAGACCUUGUCAGCUGCACAUCGAUACCGUCUGUGGCUCCAUCUACGAUCUGAAGAUCGACUAUGUGCUGCUGGCCAAAACGGAACCAAACUGGAAGGAGCGCCGAAAGUCCUCGGAGUACGAGCAUUUUGAGCAGCCCACGCCGUUGCCGCAUUUGACGCACGAGCCUUGGGAUUGGCAGACGGGCGCACUUCUCGUAGCCGUGCUUGCCUGCCUGCUCUUCUUCUCCGUCGCCGCCUGCAUUCUCAUUCAUCAUAUGCGCCAGUGGCGACGCAUGGAGCGACGUUUGGAUCAAGAUGUUGAGGAGCUGUCGACAAAGCUGAUGGCCAAGCUGGCCGAGGUGCAGAGCCUGGACGGUGGCACCUUUUUCAUUGGCAAUGCGGAUGUGCUGCGUGGCCUGCCCGCGUCGGCAGCGUCGAUGGCUGUGACGCAGUCCGGAAUAUUUCAGCCGCAGCAUGUGCUCUUGCCUGUUGAGAAGCACGCGAAGCAUCAAGAGCGACGCAUACUGAAGACGCUGCAGCCGGGCAAUGUCUACAUCGAGGAGAACAAUACCAAUCUAGCUAGCUCCAAGGGCUGAGCCACGUAGCGAAAGCGUUUUGGAUAAAAACUACUUAAGAGUUAUGUUUAUUCUCAAAAGCUCAAACAGCAGCAGCAGCAGCGACAGCGGCAGCAACUUUUUGUACAAAAAAAUUAAACAAAAAAUGUUAUGCUAAGUGAUGAAGUGCUCGCUACUCCUCCAUACACACACACACUCACACACACACACACACACAUGCAUAUAUAUUUUUUUGCCUAAUACUAUUUAAUUUAAAUGUUAUGUUGACUUGUUUGUAAUGCAAAUGGCACUGCAAUUUUUUUUUAUUAUCAUUAUUAACUUAUUUAUUAAAGAAUUUCAACUCAACAACUAAUGCGCGCAUACUUUUAUCACCAACUAUGCAUAACACCCAAUACAUUUGACAUAAACAAUUAGCAAUCUGAUUUGUUAAUUGUUUGCACCGCUCUGAGCGUUUGAUUGGCCUAUAUGUAUAUAUUCAGUAAAUUGCUCUUAUAUAAUUAUUAUUAAUUAAUUAAUAUGUAUGCGUAUAUGCUUAACAAAUCUUAUACUUAAUGUAAAUAUUAAGGCGAUCGAAUCUAAAACGAGACAACCCAAGCAAUAACGUCAGCAUAUCAGCAAACUAUAUUGUAUAUCAAGCAUAUAUGUUUAACUAGCUUAUCAUCAACACACACACACACACACUUAAGUAAUUAAUAACAAACAUAUACAUAUACAUUUAUAUACAUGCGUGUAUAUACUUAUUGCAG